AUGGCAGCCUCACAGCUGGCGGCGCUGGAAGGAGUGGAGUCGGGGACCGGGGGGCUGCCCCUGACCGAGGCCAGCCCCGGCUUCCUGUAUUCCGAGGGCCAGCGGCUGGCGCUCGAGGCUCUGCUGAGCAAGGGCGCGGAGGCAUUCGAGGCCUGCGUGCAGCGUGAGGGGCUGCAGCCCUUCCUGAGCGGGGAAGAGCAGCGGAGCCUGGUGGCGGCGGCCGAGGACUGGACAGCAUCCAAGCAGCGGCCAGACAGGGCGGCAGAGGGAGCCGUGGCCGCCGACGGGGACUCGGGCAGCCUGACCUACUGGCCCGGACGGUCAGAGGAUCUGGUGCCCACACUGCGGUUGGGCUGGCCAGAGGCCCCGGCCUGGAAGGGAAUCACCCGGGCACAGCUGUAUACCCAGCCACCUGAAGAGGGCCACCCGCCCCUCAAGGAGCUGGUGCGCCGGGAAAUCCAGGCCGCCCGCAAGCUAGUGGCCGUGGUCAUGGACAUCUUCACUGACCCAGACCUGCUUUGGGACCUGGUAGACACCGCCACACGCCGCUGGGUGCCUGUCUACCUGCUCCUGGACCGCCAGCAGCUGCCUGCCUUCCUGAUGCUGGCACAGCAGCUGGGGGUGAACCCCUGGGCCACAGAGAACCUCGACAUCCGGGUCGUGCGGGGCUGCAGUUUCCAGAGCCGCUGGCGACGGCAGGUGAGCGGCAACGUGCGUGAGAAGUUUGUGCUGCUGGACGGCGAGAGGGUCCUCUCCGGAUCCUACAGCUUCACAUGGAGCGACUCCCGCCUGCACCGAGGCCUGGUGACGCUGUUGACCGGCGAGAUUGCUGACGCCUUCAGCCGAGAGUUCCGGACACUGUACGCAGCCUCCUGGCCACUCCCGUCUGCGCCCGCCUUGGGCCCCUUCGUCAGCACUGUGGGGGGGCUGCAGCUGGCCCACAACCCCCACCGUGUGGCCCGCCGCCGCUCUGUGGCCCCCAUGUCACCGCCACUGCCUGACGGCCCACUGGCCCAACGCUUGGCCGCCUGCCGAGUCUUUGACAGACAGAGGCAGGAGACCCCGGACGCCCCAGGGCCGGCGCUGAGCGACAUCCUGAGGAGUGUCCAGCGCGCCCGGACCCCCAGUGGCCCCCCGGCCCGGCCCAGCCGCUCCCUGUGGGACCUGAGCCGCCUGUCCCAGAUGUCCGGCUCCAGCGACGGUGACAACGAGCUCAAGAAAUCCUGGGGUUCCAAGGACACCCCCGCGAAGGCCCUGAUGAGGCAGCGGGGCAAGGGAGGGGCCCCCUGGGGGGACACAGAACCCUGUCCCCUGGGCCGCUCCCAGCCCCCAGGCGGCCCCCUGCCCCUCCUCCCUGCCCGCCGCCUCCGCUAUCUGUCCCCGACCAGAAGGAGGGUUGGUGAAGACGCUGCCUCCAAACUCCAGGAUCCCCGAGGCACCCCGCAGCCAGACUGGGCUGCCCAGGCAGGACUCAGGGGGCGACCCUGAUGGGAGCCAAA